AUGCCGCGAAACUCAGUUGCAUAUGACCAAGGUGUUAAGAAUUUUAUUGAAUUUGCUUUCCGGCAUGGUUCAAUUAAUGAUAUGAUACUCUGUCCAUGUCCUAUGUGUGAAUUUAGUAAGCGUCUAAAUCGUGACGAGGUAUACGAUCAUCUAAUUUGCAAACAAUUUCCAAAAGGUUAUACAAUUUGGUACCUUCACGGAGAGUCCCAUCCACCAGAAACAACUAAUUCUCCAGUAAACAUCAAAAUUGCUUCACAAAGAAAUGUUGUUGUUCAAGAUCCAAUUAUUGAUAUGGUAAAUGAUGCUUUUGGAGUACAUGACACUAUUUCUGAGGAAGGCUUUCAAACAGUAGAUGAAGGGGACAGACAAAUAGAUGAUGACAUACCAAAUAUGAACCAAACUAGGAAUGCAACAGACGAGUUUCAUGAGUUAUCUAAUGAUGGUCAACAACCUCUGUAUGAAGGGUGUGCAAAUUAUUCAAAACUAUCAUUUAUAUUGAAAUUGUACCACAUCAAGUGUCUAUGUGGAAUGAGCGAUAAGGCAAUGACGAUGAUAUUGGAGUUGCUACAUGAUGCAUUUCCGCAUAUAAAAAUUCCAAGCUCUUUCUAUGAUGCGAAGAAAACCAUCACAAAGCUUGGAUUGAACUAUGAAAAAAUACAUGCAUGCCCAAAUAAUUGCAUGCUUUAUUGGGGUAAUGAAGAAGAUGAAGAUAGACAAAAUUUCAAGAUUUGUAAUACUUCUAGGUGGAAGGAAAGCAAGGGUGGAUCAGAUUCCUUAUCCAAUGGUAAUAAAGCUAGAAGGAAGAUUCCUGCAAAAGUGGUCAGAUAUUUUCCAUUGAGACCUCGUUACAAAGGAAAUGAUAUAGAUGUUUACUUACAACCUCUAAUAAGGGAGUUGAAAGAAUUGUGGUAUGAUGGCGCUAAUACAUAUGAUUCUUAUGUAAAUGAAAUGUUCAAGCUACAUGUUGCUUUGAUGUGGACAAUCAGUGACUACCUUGGUUUGGGAAAUUUAUCUGGGUGGAAUGUCUAUACUGGACGUGCUUGUAUACAUUGCAAUUAUGCCUCUGCUCCUUGUCGCUUGUCUCAUAGUAGGAAAUGGUGUUUCAUGGGCCAUCGGUACUUUCUUCAUGGUGGUCAUAAAUUCAGAAUGAACAAGAUCAAAUUUAAUGGAGAGCAAGAGUUACGAACUCCUCCAAAAUUAUUAUCAGGUGAAGAAAUUUUCGAGCAAGUUAAAGACAUUGAUGUCACAUUUGGUCGGCCCAUGGAUAGUCAACUCAGGGGGAAAAGAAGACGUGGUGCAAGUACUUCUAUAGAUGAGCGACAACAAUGGAGAAAGAAAAGUAUUUUCUUUGAGCUCCCAUAUUGGAAACAAAAUUUAUUGCGUCAUAAUUUAGACGUGAUGCAUAUAGAGAAGAAUGUGUGCAAUAAUAUUCUUUUCACACUGUUGAAUGAUAGUUCUCGCUCGAACGAUCAUCUCAAUGCUCGUAAGGAUCUAAGAGAUAUUGGUUGUAAACCGGACUUGUGGCCAGAUGAAAAUGGAAAGUUUGUUCCAGCAGUUUACACAAUGAAUAAGCAAGGGAAGAAUUGA